GAAAUAACAGCUUAUUCUGUAACUCACAUUAACACACAUCUGACGGUUUCACUCGCACUGCAAACUAUACAACCCGUGUCUAAAAUUAUUGAAAUAUUUAUUAUAAUAGUCGGUAAAGUAAAUUAGAUGGACAGUAGAAGACAUUCGGCCACACGUGUGGCCGCAGCAGUUGCACAGGAAGCCAUAAACACACUCAUGUCAUCCUCGGCUGAUCACGACUUUGAACUUAGUCUCCAGUCCUACACCAAGAAUGGCACCAAAGAUGGGAUUCAAGCAGAAGCUAACACCUCGACAGACAAGAUCACAGUUAAUGGUCUGAAAUCAACUCACAAAUCGAUGUAUGAUUCAUAUCAGGUGUGGGCUCUCAAAACAUACGGAGAUUCAGCUAAAACUAAAACAGUGACUAAAAAGAAAUACAACAGAAUAUUGAAGAUUUUGAAAGGAGAAGAGGGACAGAAUGUGGAGAACUCUAAGUUCAGAUUUUGGGUUAAAGCUAAGGGUUUCCGAUUGGGACCACCAAAUCUGGCAGCACUUCAAGCCAAGAGCACUGUCGAACAGGUGCUAUACGUUCCCUGUUCUAAGUCAGCACAAGGUUCCGAUUCUGAGAAUACCAUAUAUAAAAAAGUAGCCGUGGUGGAAAACUUUUUUGAUAUAAUAUACAAUGUUCACGUGGAAAUGGAUGGCAGAUCAGGUCGACACGCAGGACAAAAACGCACAUAUAAAGCGGUUGCAGAGAUGUAUGCAUUCCUACCGCGAGAGGCAGUGACUCGUUUCCUGAUGUCCUGCUCUGACUGCCAAAAGCGUAUGCAUCUUCAGAGUACCAAUGGAUCUACUAAUGGUAUGACCGCCCAAAGUAAAACUUCCUCAUCUAAAAGCACUUCUAUGCGGAAGAGUCUACUGAACACAAAUUUAGUCGAUGGACUGCCAAAGACAGCGCUUGAUAUCGACUAUUCAUUGCCGUUAACGACAACAAUAAAGCGUAUGAGAAAUGCGGGCUUUGUUUAUAACGUUAUGGGAGACUCACUCAUUGCACCCACAGUUCCCAGUCUAGGCUUUGAUGGCCAAGAGGGUGAUGAUGAAAUGAUAUCGGAGACAGAGACCGGCGCAUCUGAUGCUGACAUUAGUGCACACAAUGGGGAUCAGACCACUGCUGCAAACAGUGACGACGCUGUCUGUGAAGAGAUCACCGGUGAUGACGACGAUGAAGAAGUUGUCGAUGAGACCGACUUCGAUGAAGAAGCCGUUCCAUUAGAUAUGAGUCGAGUCAAACGUGAGACUUGUAUUUCUUCAGAUCAACCAUUGAAUAUGUGCUCCAAGAGAGCUAAACUGAGUAAUACUUGUAAAAGUAUUAUAAAUGGUAACGACAGUGGAAGUGGUGCUGAUUUUCAUAAUAAGCAUCACUCGAGUACUAGUCAUAUCAGCCAUGGCUUCACAGAGCGUUGGAAUCAUAAAACAAAGAGAGAACUACAUGAAGAUGAAGAAGAUGACGACGACGAGGAUAAUGAUCUACAACUUGGAGACAGACUGUUGUCAGAGCAGAGCACUGGUAGUUACGAUCCCGAGAGGCUUAAAGCUUUCAAUAUGUUUGUCAGGCUAUUUGUUGAUGAAAAUCUCGAUCGAAUGGUUCCCAUCUCAAGACAGCCAAAGGAAAAAAUUCAAGCAAUCAUUGAGAGCUGUGGCCGUCAGUUCCCAGAGUUCAGUGAAAGGGCGCGAAAGCGUAUCAGAACUUAUCUCAAGUCUUGUCGUCGAACCAAACGACAUAAGACUACGGCUCAGACCGUGGCCUCAGGCAAUGAAAAUGGGAAUAACGGCAGAGCUUGGAGUGAAUCAUCCAAUACUAACACCAACACCAAGACUGGUCCGUCAUCUCAUGUGUCAUACCAUUUAACAUCUCCAAUGGCUGAACAAAUCCUGGCGACAGCCUGUGAUAAUGAAUGCCAAAACGCCAAAAGGAUGCGAAUGGGACUCAAACCUAUUUCUAAUGAGGUGUCGUCGACCAGCACCGGAACCACAUCAGCACCGGUUCACUGUACGGCCACCUCGACAUCUGCCAGUGCCGUACAAGUGUUUCAACAAAGCUCUACAACUAAUCCUAAUUUAUUGUCUUUUUCAUAUCAACAACAAUCCAUAGCAUCAGAAAACAACACUAGCAAUGGUACUACUAAUCUCGUGAACGGUAACUCAGUCACUGGUAGUGUCUCAUCAAAUGGUAAGCCAUCGACAACUGGUACUCACUAUUCACUGAAUCCGAGCGAAGUGGCCGCAGUCAAGCAGCUAAUCGCCGGUUACCGCGAAUCCGCCGCUUUCUUAUUGCGAUCGGCCGAUGAACUCGAACAGCUUAUACUACAACAAAAUUAAA